AUGGGCGACCGCCGGAUGUCCAUUGCAAACGAGGUUCUUGUCGGUUCCCCAACUGUUCUGCUGCGACGUCUUCCGCGCAACACCACCGCUGAGGCUGUUCGCACGAUGCUUCUUUUUGCGAAAGAUCUCCAAGAUACGGAGAUCAUUCCUAACGAGUAUGAAGAAGACGUUGGGUUCGCAACGGCCAUUGCGCGAUUCGGAUCGAUCACCGGCGCCUCCGAAGCCCGGGCGAUGCUUGAUGGCAAACCCAACACGGCUGGGCAGGCCAAAAUGAUUGUGGAGGUCAGAGCGGGCUCCAGCAUGGCAUCGACGCCCCGGCGCAACACGAUUGACCCCAUGGCAGGGCGGAAAAUGGCACAGUCAAUCUCGCCGCCAGUCACGCACGCCCAGAAGUCGUCGCGAUUCAAUGGGACUUUUCAGUCCAUGGACAAGAUAUCUCCUCCGCUGACAGGCUCGCCACCCGACCAGGUGUCAUCGGAUGCGAGCUCACAGCUGCAAACCAUCUUCUCGCCUCACUCUCACUCUCCCGUGCACAGUGCGGCAACCGACCGCUCUCGUGUCAGCGGCAAGAAAGUGAUUGACGAAGAUGGCGGAGACGACGACACUGGGGAGUUGCUCAAAGACCCUUUGGCAUAUAUGCAUAACUCGGCUGCAACGGCCACAAGCAGGACAUCCGCCAACCUACGUAUUCCUACUGCCGGGUUUUCAGCUUUAUCCCUGAACACGAACAUGGGUAGCGGGCCAUCUGGCAGCUAUGCGUCGCCCCGGUCAGCGGUUCAGUCUCGUACUCCGCAGAUGCAGUUCCCUUCCAGCAUGGGAUCUAACGGCUCAUUUUCGCCUCCUGGACAACCGUUCUUGCGGCACAACUAUCCCCCGGCCAACCCUGCGGAUCAGAAUCCGCCAUGUAACACGCUGUAUGUGGGCAACUUGCCCAUGGACACUUCGGAAGACGAGCUGAAAGCGAUCUUUUCGAAACAAAGAGGAUACAAGAGAUUGUGUUUUCGAACCAAGCAUAAUGGGCCCAUGUGUUUUGUCGAGUUUGAGGACAUCUCUUUCGCAACCAAGGCCCUAAAUGAGCUGUACGGGGCGCAACUUCACAACAGUGUCAAAGGAGGUAUUCGACUGAGCUUUUCGAAGAACCCUCUCGGCGUUCGAGCAGGCCAGCCUGGAAGCGCAACCCCUACAACACCAUUGAGUACUUCUGGGCCUUUGAGCAUGAACGGAUUUGGCAGUACAACGCCGGCAGGGUUCUCGACGGCCAAUGGGCCUCCACCAGGAUUGUUGGCGCCUCCAGGCUUGAAUAUGACCAUGUCGAAUACCAAUGGGGCCGUCCGUUCUCCUCCUCCCAUGAAUCAAGGAUUCGCUGUUGGCAAUGGCAGCAUGUCUAGCUUGCGAGGGAUACCACACAGCAGUGGACCGGUUGGACAGGGUGUGGGCAGCAUGUAUCCUGAUUAUAUGCUCGGACGGUGA